CAUCAAAUUUAUUUUCAUCAUAAAUUUUUACCUACUGCCUAAAUUAAUCUUGAAAUUAGACUUGAUUCUUUACAUUGUUCAUUAUUAUUUUCUCUUUUUUUAUUACAGUACUGAUUCACCUGAUCUAAUUAUUCGAUUAAAUGACCAAGCUAAUAAUGAUAACAAUGUUAGUUCAUCUCAUAUAUGUAAUGUUUUAAGCGUAAAUUCUACGUUAUCAACAAUUGGUUGUAUUCCUUUAUUGGAUCAUAUCUGUCCUGAAAAAGUAUUCAAUGUCAAGGAAUCUUAUGAUUUUAUUACGGGUACUCUAUCAUGGUUUCCAUCUGCUGAUUGUUUAUCUCAUAAUGAAGUGAUUCAUUCAAUUAAAACAUAUUUCAUUCAACUAAAUAUACACUGUUUCAAUAUUAUUGGUAAUCCAAUUACUGUAAAAUCUAUCCAUGAAUUUUUAAACAAUCUCUACUGUUCUACAAUGUCUGAUCAGUCAGCAUCAUCCGUGGAAUGUUGUACUAUUGAUUCUGAACUGAAUAGUUAUCGGAUACCUUUGAUGAAUAAAUGGAAUAAUAAUAAUAAUGCCUUUUCAUCUAUCAAAUAUGAGUUUAAAUUAUCAGUUGAUAAUAUAAAAUUAUUAUUAAUCGAUCAAUCCGGCGUUAAACAUCAAGAACAAAAUGGGAAUGUGUCAGUAAAGAGAAUUGCCGAAAUAGUAUUCUCCGGUUUACAAAUAAACUUCUAUCAUUCAGGUUUAUCAGAUUCAGUAUUAUUGAAGCUUCAAUGCUUUCAAAUUAUACCUUAUCGUAAUUCAAAAUUAUCAACUGAUCAAUAUUUGUUAGGACCUGCUCUUUCAUUAUCCGCCUCAGAUCAUCAUUCUAAUCAGAUCACAUUGGAAUAUCAUUAUGGAUUGAUUGGAUCAUCCAAUUAUUUUCCACGUAAAACUAAUAAGCAUCUUCGGAUUAGUUUAUCCAAUAUUGUAUAUAUACAUCUCAUUCAUGAAUUACAUGAGAUAUUAGUAUGGUUUAAACAAAUUCUUCCAUUAUUAUGUAAUCAGUCUUCUGUCACUAAUAAUGAUCAAUUAUCUAUGGAUGACAUGGAUUUAUUAUUCAAGUGGCCUGAAUUGUCAAUCACUUUCAAUAAUCCACUAAUAUUAAUUCCCUGUAAAUCAAAUCAAUUUAAUCAAUUUUUAUUAAUUGGAACAAAAGUUAUUAAAAUUAAUCAUUAUUCCUCAUACUGUGAUGUAUCAUUGUCCAAUGCCUCGGUUACUAUGAAACAACAUGAAAAAGUGAACAAGUCAUAUUCCAUUCAGUUAUAUUUUAUAGACUUCGGUGUAUUUCUUUACACUAAUAAUGAUAACGUGAAGAUGUUAUCUGAACAAUAUUUAUCAUCGUCAUCAACUAUCUAUUCAGAUUCGUGGGUGAAUUUUUCAUUUUUACUUAAAUUUUGGCUUGACUCUUGUAAAUUGGAUGACAGUAUGUUACCAGCAACCAUACAGAAAUCACGAGAUCAUAUCAUUAUAUCACCAAUAAACUUUUCUGCACAUAUAACCUAUGUGAAAUCAAAUUUUUCAAAAUGUUUUUCCACAUUCAAUUCACGUUUUCAAUCAAUUCGUUUCAAUUUUUCUGAUUUUGUUAUGAUGCAUUCUAUAAUAUUGAAUCAUACCACUGACGAUAAUAAUAUUACUGAAGAUGAUUGUACUAAGAGAAACUUACUGUCUUCAUACCGAUUAUCAUCUACAUCUCCUGCUUCUAAUAUGAAUUUACUGUUAUUUACUGAACCAAUUAAUACUCAAUUAAUUAUAGAAUUCUACAUUCAAACUGUAUAUAUUAAUUUGAGUAAAAUGAAUUGUAACUUGCUAACUAACGUAAUCCAAGAGUUAAAUAAAGAAUAUUGUGAUUAUUGUUGUAACAACUGUAGUUAUUCGAAUAAUAAAUCUUCACAGUCUAAUCAAACAGAAUUAUUUCAGCUUCCUUAUCCUGAUCCAAAUAUCAUUGUUUCUUCGAUGAAAUUAAAAACGUCUAUGGAAUUUGGAUUAUUUAUAAAUUGUAUGAAAAUGAAUAUAUUAAUAUUUGGUGAUUUAGAUAUUAUCCCUAUACCAUUAGUAUUAUUAACAUUAGAUUAUAUAUCUAUUUCAUCUAGUUUUCAUUUAUUAUUAAAUGGUAUUCAAAUGCCAUCAUGUAUACAAAUUAAUUUGAAUAAUAUCCAUUUAAUAAAUCAACUUGAAAAGAAAUUCAAUUAUAAACAACAACAACAACAACAACAGCGACAACAAUUGGGACAAAAUAGAAUCAGUUCAAAAAGUAUUUUAUUAAAAUUUAAUAAUAAAAUUCAAUUAAAAUUCAAUGAUGAUUGUUUAAAUACAGUAGUACAAUAUAGAAAACAUCAUUUAUCAUAUACUGUUAAUGCUGCUGCUGUUGCUGCUUCUGAUGAUGAUAGUGUUUGUGAAUUAAAUCAAAUAUCACCAAUUUCCUUGCGUAUUAUACUUUUAUCUGAUGAACAUCAAACAUUUUGUCAAACUAAAUCUUUCAUAAAAUUUAUCUGCAACACAAUUGAUAUUCAACUGUACUGUGAACCAUGGAUAUUAAUUUUGGACUUUUUCAAUUUGUGCGAUUAUAAGGAGGAAACUACACAAUUUACUUCAGAGCAAUUUCAUCAAGAUUUAUUUCAUGAAUCCAAUUCCUGCGCGCUAGUUUCUUCUUGGAACAAUCCGAAAAUUGCUGUUCUGUUCGACAUUUAUUCUCUUUACUGUUUUGUUAACAAUUCAGAUCAAGAAAAAGACAAUGAAAAGGAAUGUCAGAAUAGUCCUCAUCUCAUAUCUAACAAAAGUGAAUCAAAUAUUGCUUUACUCUCCCUAAUUAGAACCAAAGCACAAAUUAAUUAUUUCAUUACAGAUAAUGAGAAGUUCUCAUCAUUUAAUCUGCCUGUCAACUAUUCUUAUUUGGAAAUUAAAGGCCAAAUAUGUGAUGUUAAAUUACAAGCUAUACAGGAGAAACAUGCUAACUUAUAUCCAACACGGUUCUUGACUAUGCCACAAUUGUGUUAUCCGAGUAAUAUUAUAAAUGACAAUGAUAAUUCACAGUUAUCCUAUAUAACUUUUCAAUUUAUUAAACCUGCUAAGCAUUUUCAUCAGCGUUUAUCCAAUCCAACUGUCAGUGUUGACGAUGAACAAGAUAUAUACAUUUCAAUACAAUUACCAACUGUUACAUAUGUACACACACAGUCAUUUUUAACGAGUGUCAUUGACUCGUUGUUUAACUUUAAAGAACAUUAUGAUUUUGUCAAAGGAACAAGAGCUGCUGUUAAGGGCUUUCAAAUUCCCACAGUUCCUUCCAUAUCUUCACGUGUACGUGUCAAUGUUUCUGGCGGUCCAUUAAAUCUUAUUAUUCCAAUUAGCUCUUAUAGUUCCAAAGUACUUAUUGCCAAUAUUAAUCAGUUGAAAAUCAAUAAUAAAUUUUUGUGGAAUACAAAUCAGGAAAAUGUUCCUUGUGAAUCAAUGUUUGCAAAGUCGAAAGCCAAUGAGAAAUGUGAUAAUCGUUAUUUCUUUUCAAAUAUCCGGUCUUUGAACAAAAAUGGUCUUCUUGGACUUUUGGAAUGUUCUAAUCUGAAUUCAGAAGAUCUUGAUGAUUCUCAACCUAUGUUGAUCGAUAGAAUAUUUAUGGAAUUUUAUGGUUUUUCUUUAUAUUGUGCAGAACAAACUAGUUUAUUUGAUCCCGACUUUAUAAGGAAAUCAGAUCAUAACUAUAACAAUUCGUAUGUUCAUUUACCAAAUCAGUUGUUCAUACCUAUUGGUAGAGUAUAUCCAUCUCAUUCCAAUAACACCACUUUCUUUUUCAAUCCUACUGAUUGUGUUAAUUUAAUUUUGGAGCAUAAUUUAACUUCUGGUAAAAUCCCAGAUUGGAAAAUAAGUGGCGAAUUCACAAAUUGUCAACUCCAUAUAGAUCAACAUACAUACUGUUUAAUUCGUGGUGUAUUAUCACAUAAUUUUGGUGAAUAUUCUAAUCCUAGUGUCGAUACAAAGAAACCAUUUCUUGAAUCAAAUAUAUGGACUAAGUUUGCAAUUGAAAUCCGUUUGAAUUCAGUUCAGGCUACAUUGUUUGAUUCAUCAAACUCAUCUGUUAUUAUGAAUAAUAAUUCUACUGUUAAUGCAAAUCUAAAAGAGAAUAAUCUUUUUAAUAACAAUAAUGAAUCUAAUCAGUUUGCUAUAAUCGACUUUUGUGAUACACUGUUAACUUAUGAAUAUUUUUCAAACCGAAGUACAUCUAUUCAACUUCAAUGCUACGAUAUAAAUUUAUUGAAAACUCAAAUUGACAAAGAUAAUGAACAAAAUCAGUUUAUUUUAAAAAGUUUAUCAACAGAUUUAUCUGACCAAUUAAUUGAGAAGGAGGAGGAGGAGAGAGUAAAGCAGACUCAUGAGACAUUGGUGAAAACGCCGAGACUUUUUAUUUGUUCCAAUAGUUCUUUGUUACAAUCAACAUUUAUAUUCUCUUUAAUGAAACUUCAUUUAAUUUGUGACUGGGAUUGGUUAUUACGUUUUCAAUAUUUUCUCUUAUCAUCUCCUUUACCGUCUGGCAGUGAAAAUUCCUCGAUUGUUUACACUGUACAAAAACCUAUUUCACCUUGUAUCGAUUGUAUGUCCACGACGCGAACAAUUUCCAAAUUGCAGAUUUAUUCUGAUGAAUCAAGUUCUAAUCAUAGACCCGAGUUGAACUUAUCUUCCGGUGUACUGAAUACAUCUUUACAUACAUGCAUAGAAGAUUGUGAAGCCUGUAUACCAUACGAAAAAUCAUGUUUUCUCAUUAAAUCAAGUGUACGUUUCUCACGUCAUACAUCAAAAUAUUCAAUAUCUGAAAUACUAAAUGAUGAAAUACACACUGAUAUUCUACAAUUUUGUUUAUAUUCUAAUUCAAAAUCAUUGAUUAUUAUACCUAGUCCAUUAAAAUUCUAUUCUAAAUUAUAUCAUCACUUGUUAAAUAAUAAAUCAUCCUCUUCAUCUCAAUUGUCUGCAUCAUCCACAUCAACAAUUUCAUCUAUGAAAGGAACAUUUAUGAAUACUGGAUUACUUUGUUCAUCAAAUAUUUUUAUUGAAUAUCCUCCUUGGCAAAGAAAUUUAUUACAUGUUAAACCAGCACAAUUACAGCUUCAAAUGUCUUUAGCUGCGCCCAACAUUCAUAUUACAUCGAAUUUUUCAGAAUUACAAAAUGCUAUACGAUUUUUCUCUUCUCUAAUGAUGAUAAAUACAUCAGAGAGUAUAUCAUCAUCAGUUGAUGCUCACACUAAUAAUGCCAGUGAAAACCGAGAUGCUGUGCAUUUAUUGCCAGAUGUACAAUCGUCAAUAACAACUUCAAAUCAAAAAUCAUCAUCAUCGUCAUCAUUAUUGGCAACAUUUUGGCCAAAUAUUUUUGCUGAUUAUAUUUCAAAACAUUUAAUUAAUUUCGAUGUUAAAAUUGCAUUUUCAAUAUGUCUGUUUGAUACAAUAUCAUCAAUUCAAUCUUCAUUGUUAGCUGAAGAGAUCCCGUUGAUAAAAUUUUGUGUUGAAAAUAUGAAACUAUUUUGGAAGCGAUUAAAUUUACAAGCUACACUGGAAUGCACUGGGAUUUCAUGCUUUUAUUAUAAUCAAAAUCUAAUUGCUUGGGAACCUGUACUGGAACCAUGGAGUUGUUUAUUGAAUUGGACUGAAAAUUUUGAGCAAGAUUUCAGUAGAACCAUCUCUUUAAACUGUUCAUCUCAAUGUAGUUUGAAAUUGAAUCUAACAGUUCCAUUAGUGCAAAUAAUUCGUCGUCUACUAAAUACAUGGAUCAAAGCACAACAAUUUCCAAAGUAUGAUGCAAUACCAGUAGUAAAUCAACAAGACCUUUCAUUUUUAACUAGUCAAAACACUGGUUCAUUUAUUUUAAUUAAUGAAACUGGAACAUAUUUACGAUAUAAAUUGAUAAAAAAUCAUCAGUUAGAUUCAUUAUUCAAACCAGUAGUUUUAAUACCGGAUAAAUUAGACGAUAGUACUGAUGGUGAUUCUGACGUACUUGGUCCAGAUUCACGUGUAUGUUUACCAAUAAAAAUAUCAUCGUUUGCCUAUAACUUAUCAACAAAUACUCAACAAAUUAAUACAAAUGUAGAUUCUAUACAACUGCCUAGUUUAUCAGUACAAAUAAAUGGUUGGAAACCAAUUUAUCCAAUAUCUCUUGAUCGAUUAGGCACUUAUUAUCGUGUUAUUGAACGAUUGAAUAAUGCAGAACCUGAAAUAUUGAAAAGUGAACAGAAUGAAUGUUGGAAAUAUCAUUUACCAAUAUUUAAUCGUUUGAUCAUUGAUAUAGUUCAUGAUCAGAAUUCACAUUAUUCGAUUUAUUUAAGAUCUGGUUUAACAAUAACAAAUGAUUUAAAUCAAAGUAUUAAUAUUGGCUUAGAAAUUACAUCACCGAAAUCAUCAUUAUCAUCAUCCUCAGCAUUCGUAUUGCAUAAAUCAUCAGAAUCAGUAAUCAGUUCAUCUGAUACAUAUCUUAAAAAUGUAUAUUAUGAAUCAAUAUUAUUAUUAACAGUAUGUAAACCAAAAUGUACUUAUUCUGUCCCAAUUAAUAUUGUUGGAUUAAUGUCAUUAGGAUUAGGAAAUUUAUGCUUUUCUCCAACAAAAUCAGUUAUGAAUCGAAAAAAUCUUUCUUCGUUAUUCAUGAAUAACACUAAUGAACAAAAUAAAUAUACGGAUAAUUUAUAUGAUUGGGCUAGUGUUUAUCAUCAUAACAAUGAGAUAAUGACCGAAGAAGAACAACUACAGUCUACAUAUUCCUCUUUAAUUCCAACCACUACAGUUUCAUCAUUGUCAUCAUCAUUAACUGAUUUCGUGGAUAAACGAAGGAAUUCAUCCGUAAGAAUGGUGAAUUGGACAAGUUUAAAACAAUCGGAUGAAUUGUUAGAAGCUAUACUGAUAUCAACAUGUCAACUUCCAUCAAAUUCACGAGCAAUACAUCAGAUUAGUUCUUUACAACGACUUCAACAGACUAGUACUACUACUUCUACUUCUGGACCAUCAUCUUUGAAUAAAGCAUUUCCAUCGAGUUUAAAUAACAAUAACAAUAAAUUUCAUAUUUGUGUAACAGUUGUACGUGAUCAAUUUCCCUUGGAUCCUCAUUGGAAUAAACUAUAUUCUAAUCAAUGGUAUUCGAAUUAUAAACAUUUGUUACCAAUCACUUUACCAGGUCAUCAUAUUACUGUUGGUCCAGUAUUAAGAAUUACGAAUUUAUUACCAUGUGAAAUGGUAUUUUUUAUUUUUGAAACUGAUAUUAAUGGUACAUUGGGAUCGAAAGAAGAAGCAUGUGUCCAUAAUUUAAUUCCAGUAAACACCAUCAAAUUCGGUAUUCAUUUGGAUGGAUUUCCAAAAUGCGAUCCAUUGUCUAUUCCAUCAAAUACUUACAAUCAAAAAGUGCUCAUUCGUUUAUAUGAUACUUUGGGUCGACCACUAGAAUUACAAGUCCAUGUUUGUUCCAGAGCAUUUGGUGCACGUCAUUUAACUGUUAGUCCUGUUAUAUGUUUAUUAAAUAAAUCUGGUAUACCGUUGAUAUUUGCUCAGUCAUCAUCGUCAUUAUCAUCUAAUCAACUUAAUUUAUCAUCACAAACAUCUAUACUAGCUGCUGGUCAAAUCGAAGAACAUGAACAAGCUUGUGCUUUGAUGCCGUUACUUUUUUCAUUUGCAAAUAAAUCUGAAGGAUAUCUACUACGUGUUCGUAUAGGGAAAGGGUAUCAUAGUGAGAAUGAUGUUUUACCUAACAAUGAAAAUGAUCAACUUCUGACUAAUAACAUAAAGCGUUGUACAUGGUCACCUGGAAUAUCUUUAGAUAAAUCUGGUGUAGAUGUAUUGCAGUUGAAAGUGUACACUGAAAAUAAUAGCUUAUCUUCGGUACGUUAUUUAGGUUUUGAAGUUAACACCGGUCAUGAUCCCAAUGAUUCAUCACUGUCAACUACAACAAUGGUCACAUUUCGACCACGUUAUAUCAUUGAAAAUUCAACAAAAUAUCAAUUAAAUGUUACACAACGAUAUUGUUUAAAAACAGCUAAUAAUUUACCUGCUUCAAUUAUCGUUUAUCCAAAUCGUAGUCAAUCAUUUCAUUGGUCUAAUGAUGAUUUAGAUCGUCUUUUAUGUAUGCGUGCUGCGAUUAGCACUUCAUCAUCAUCUGUUGUUCAUGAUCAAAUGACAACAGGAAUCAAUAAUCGAUCUGAUGAUUUAUGGACAAUGUGGUCUGGUGGUUUUCAAAUAGAUCAUGCUCAUUCAUUCAUUAUAAUGUUAAGACUGAAUCGUUUUCAUCAAAUUGUUGAUUUUCCACAAUCGUUAUUCUUUCAUGUGAUUAUCACUUUAAAAUCAGGGACUUUUUUUGUAAAAAUUCAACAUUAUCAUGGUUUACCACCAUUUCGUCUUGAAAAUGUUAGUUCAAUUUGUGUUUACUAUUGUCAAUUAAUUGAUUCAAUUCAUUUAAUGAAUACAAAUUCAAAAUUACAACAUAUUAGUUCGUCUACCUCUGAUAAACAUAUUCAUCAGGGUGUAUUACAUCAUUCCAUAACAUCGAUUCAUGAUGAUGAAUCUAUCAAUAAUAAUGUUGAUGAAAUUAAUAAUCAAAUUCUUGAUAAAUGGGAUGGUGGAGCUUGUCCAUCGUUUUUAAUUCCUGGAUCUAUAAUUCCAUAUGCUUUAGAAGAACCAUGUGGUAGUUCAUCUAUUAUUUUUAGUGUACAGGAUGAUAUCAGUGAAAUAUUUAACUUAGAUACAAUGGAUGUCAGUAAAAUUUUACGUUAUGAUAAUUUUGUUUACCUUACUUUAUUUGGACCAUUAAUGGAUUAUAUUGUCCCAACAGAAACGAAAACCGAUACUGAUUCACUGCGUAGAAGAAGUUCAUCAUUACAUAAUCUUGUAUUCGACAUACUUCCUGGAUCUAAUUAUGUUGUUUGUGCUAUCAAGUCAUCAAGGCGUCAUUCACAAUUAUGGAAAUUAUCUGAUGAUGGGUUAAUUUAUCAUGAAAAUACUUCAUUUUUGACCCCAUCAUCGCCUAAGUCCGCACGAAAAAGUUCAAAGAAUAAACAUCAAUUUGUUUUAGAUAUAAAUCGUAAAGGUGAUCCAAAUGCACCAUCGAGUAAUGAUCAAUUGGUUAGUAUCAAUGGAUUAAUCGAUCCAGAAACUCUAAAACAUUUUGAAGUUGUUCAACUUAUUAUUGCUAAGCCGAGUAAACAACGGAAAGCCUAUCAAACCUGGAGAAUCGAUCAAAAUGGUCUUUUGGUCAACAGUGCCUUGUUUUGUGUACAAAUUCGUCGUGAUCUAAUGGAUGUUAUGUCAUCUUCACAAUUAUCAUUGGAUAAUAGUUUUGAAGAGAGCAAUAAUGAUGACUUAAUGAAUUUAUCACAUCAUAUUUCAUCAAAUCAAUUAAUUUUAUUAGCUGCACGUCCACGUCCAUUAGCAACACGUUUAAUUAGUUCAUCUAUAACAUCAGCAAUUAUUUUACCAAUAUGGCUUCGUCCCGGUUCCGGUAGAUUACGUUUAUUCACUUAUCUAGAUAAAGCCACACGUGUUUUACGUAUUGAAGAUGAAGAUAUAAAAAAUACUGAAUUAACUACACAAAAUACAGAUUAUGUAAAAACAAUUUCACGUUGGGGUAGAAGAACAUCAUCAAUAACAUCACCAGGAGAUCUGUACUCGCAACAUGAAUCAUCAGUAUGGGAGGACUCGUCGUAUCAGUCAAAUUUGUGUAAUAGUAUUAAAGCAAAAGAUCAUCAUCGACUAGUGACUAAUUUUAAGGCUAAUUUAACUCUGCCUAAUGGAAUUGGCAUUAAUGUUAUAUCAUCAUUUAUGGAAGAACUUAUCUAUAUUUCACUAAGUGAUAUAAAUUUAUCACUGAUUCGAACUUAUUUUGAUUUAUUGACUACUAAUACUACCCCGAAUACUUCACAUCUUGUAUCAUCUAGUGAAAAUUCAAUGUUUAUGAUGAAACAUUCUAAUAGUUGCUGUAACAUUUUAAAUGAUGAUCGUUUAUCAUUCAUUACACAUCAUGGUUUAAGUUCGAUUGAUCUUGCUCAUCCACCGGGUAUCUCACGAUCUUCAUUAAAUGAUGACGAUGAGAGCUACAAUAAUAAUCUUACGUAUGAGCAUGAAAAUGGAUCGUGUCUUCCUAAAGUAUCUGAAACAUUUCAAUUACUUAUUGGUCAUUUUCAAAUUGAUAGUCAGUUUACUGGUGCUCUUUUCCCAGUACUUUUGUUUCAAAGCAAUACAAAAUUAGUGACUAAUGAUGAACAUCAUCUUCAUCAUUUGAAUGUUGGUGCUGAUAAUGAAAAAUUAAAAAUGAAUCCAUUUCCAAAUUAUGCUACUACAACUACUUCUACUACUGAAUUUACACAAAUGAAUGAAAUGAAACAUUUAUCCGCAUUAAAAAUCACUUAUUCACGUGAUAAUAUUCAAAAUAAUUGGCCAAUACAUUUAUUUAAAAUAUUUCAGAUUGAUAUAAGUCCGUUGAAUGUACAAGCGGAAGAAUUACUUCUACUUAAAUUAAUCCAAUUUUAUCAACAUGCUUUUGAGGAGGAUACCGAUACUGAUGAACGGAAUAAUUCUUAUAAUCACCACCUUGAUUCACAUCAUUACUCGCAUAAUUAUGACGAUAAUGAUCCUUCUGUUUUGAAUUCUUUAUCUGAUUCAUUUACUAUUUCAUUACCUCACAAUUCAGAUAAAAAGAAGUACUCAAUGUUGCAUAACACUGAAUCAGAAAAUAAAAUAUUCUGGUGUGAUCGAUUUAUAAUUAGUCCUAUACAUAUGAAAUUAAGUGUACAAACAGCGAAAAGUUUAUUGACUGAAUCAUAUUUAGCCGGUGCUAAACGUUUACUACCAUCAUUAAUGAGUUUUACAGGUGCAGAAAUACAAUUAGACCCAAUAGAAAAGCUGUACAUGUUGGAAACUAUUCCACAGUUAAUAAAUUAUCUUAAUACAUAUUAUCGAUUACAACUACGAGCGCAUGCAUUGAAUAUAUUUGGAUCAGUUGAUUUUCUUGGCAAUCCAAUUGGUUUAAUUAAUGAUUUAAGUUCAGGUAUAUCAGGUCUGGUGGAACUAGAUGUCGGUGGUUUAAUUCGACAUGUUGCACAUGGUGUUGGAGAUAGUGCAGCAAAAGUUGCUGGAAGUGUUUCUCAAUUGCUAACUGCUAUAUCAUUAGACGAUAAACAUGAACAAGAACGUGCAGCCAUACUGGGUAGUCGUAUUGACUCGUCUUCAUUAUUACAAACAUCACAAUCUAUUUAUAAUUCGAAUUAUUAUGAUGACAGUGAAGUGUCUUCCAGUGGAAUCGAUGAAUCAUUAGAUGAUUUUGAGUUGACUUGUCAUGACAUAUACACUGAUGUGAAAUCAACUCCAUCGACAUAUGGUUCUUCAUCAUCAUUGUCCUCACCGCCAUCAACAUCACCAACCAUAAUAUCACUUCCACAAUAUCCGAAGCAAACUCACCAUUCAUUUGAUACAAAUCGUUCUGUUACAGCUCCUUUAAGUGCUGGAGUUCGUGGCCUGAUGCAUGGUAUCGUUGGUGGAAUGACAUCCAUUGUUACACAGCCUUAUCGUGGUGCAAAAGAAGAUCAGUUAAGAGGUUUUGUCUAUGGUGUUGGUCGUGGAUUAUUAGGUACAGUAACAAAACCAGUUGGUGGUGUGUUCGAUUUUCUAUCUGGUAUGAUGAGUUCAAUUAGUGAAGUUGCACGUCCAUCAAAUUUAUAUCGUCCAAAACGAUGUAGACCACGUCGUGCUAGUUUAUCAAAAUAUUUUUCACGACCAUUAAUUAUUUAUAAUUUAGAUGAAGCAAUAGCUCAAUUACAAAUUCAUCAUCUUACAUUAUUCAAUGUUACACGUCGUUAUUCAUUAAAAAAUUAUUAUUCAUCUUCAUUGAACACCUUUAAUUCUAUGGUUAAUUCAUUAAAUACAUUUGAAAUUGGUGAAGUUCCAAUGGACAAUACUAAUACUAACACUACUACUACUACUACUACUACUACUACUACUACUACUACUAAUAAUAAUAAUAAUAAUAAUAAUAAUAAUAAUAAUAAUGUGAAUGAAUUCGAUGAUACAAAUAAACUGUCUCCUAUUAACAGUUGUAAAUUAACUGAUCUUGAUUUAGCUUAUUCAUUUAGUCGUAUGUUAUAUAUUUAUGCAUUAUUACCAUGUAAUAAUAGUCCAGAAGCUUUAGCAUCACAUCAUCUUCGUUAUUUACUUUAUUCACCUGAAUCAAUAUUACAUAUUUUACCUAUACAAUUAAAUGGUGUAGUUGUAUUAAUUACAGAUCAAGCUGUAUGGUGUAUACGUGAUAAUUCAUUACAGAAUUGGAUUAUUUCAAGAAAUCCCGUCGGUAUUAAUAAUAUUAAUAGUAAUAUCAAUAUAUCGGAUUCGAACUCAUCUGUUACAUCACAUCAAACCGCACCAGUAUUUUUCCUAACUGAAAAUACGACAUUAAUGUUCAUGUUGCAUUAUCAUCGUCUAGAUCAAAUUUAUGUAAUGCUUUCUCAGAAUACUAACACACUUAGUUCUGUGUCGACUUCUGAUGUCAAUACUACUACUACUACUACUACUUUGAAUACUCCUACCACUACUAAUUCUCCUGUUUAUGUUGUUUUCUCAGCUGAUUGUGGUACAAGUAAACAACAAUUACGUUGUGACUACUUAACUUGGGGUUUAGAUUUAACAUUACAAGUAAGAAAUGCACAAUUUCGUUUUGCUCAGGCUAAUAUGCGUGUGAAUCGUUUAGAUGUAUCAACUAACAACAUCUCAUCGUCAACUCUUUCAUGUAAGAAUAAUAAACAACAAUUGACUACUGUCUGUUAUAAUGUGCCUCAUUUUCAAAAUCAUCCUGUUGCAUUGGCUUAUAGUCCAAUUUGUCACAGAUAAAUUGAAACUAUAUAUAUAUAUAUAUAUAU